CGGCACUAGAGAAUUGGCCCCCUUGCUAGGCCCAGCCUGGCUAUAAGAAGUUAAGAACCGCUCUUUUCUCUGUUUUUUCUUCUCAGACAGAAAAGACUCUCUUCUCUGUAUUUCUCUGUAUCUUCUUCUCUGGCGAUCCUCUCUUCUUUCUCCAUUCCUUUUCCCGGCCAGUAUGGCGUGCCGAGUUCUGCUGAGGAGCGGUGCAACGGUUGAGGUGCUCAGCUCUCUGAGCCUCCCUAAGGGCACAGUCCAAAUUGUUUUCAGUAGAUCUGACGUGGAGGACGCGACGGGAGAAGUUCACUCGAUCACCGGGAAACCUCCCCUCAAAGGUGAAUCAACAGAUGAUGCAAUGACGGUUCGUGCGAUGUUUUCUGAGUUGCUCUCGUCUGGCAAUACUACUGUUUCCACCGUGGAGAACCUAUUGAAGGUUUCCUCCGUCGCCACAUUUGCUUCUCAGCACAGGAUGGAGGAAACCCUCAAUGGCAUUCUAGAGGCUGCAGGGAUUGCGGAAGCCCAAGAAAAGAGUCAGAUUGUGGAGAUGAACACCCGGCUUACUGAUAUUCAAAGCAAGAUGGAGAAACUUGUCAAAGAGAGCAACGGGAACUCGGAUUCUGAAUCUGAAGAUGAUAACAACGGGUCUGGGAAGGGAGGUGACAACAAGGGUUAUGGUCCAUUUGGUUUGAUUGGGUGGGGAGUGGCUAAGGGGGUCAAGAUUUUGACUCAUAUGUGGGGUAAUGGAGGGGUUUAGUGGGUGAGACUUUGGGAGUAGUUGAUUAGUUGAAUGUGAAUAAAUUUGGUUAGUGGUAUGAGAAUGUUGAGGUUAUUAACAGAUCUGCUUAUAUAGGUUUUGUUAGGAUAAAGUAUUAGUUUGAUG